AAUUGUUCAAAAUGAAUAAUUUCUCAUUGGAGGAACAGCAACGAGCCAUUCAACAAACCAACGAUGACGCUGCCAUAUCAAAAUAUUGUGCAGUUUCCAAGGGUUACUAUAAUGAUCCUUUCAUUUCUUUGUUUGUUAAAACCAAAGAGAAGAGACAACCGCUUAUAAACAGGGGAACCUAUGCACGUGUACAGGCUGUGCAAUUGUUAGUGGAACGCUUUCUCCAUUUGACAAAGCGAUAUGGAAAGAGACAAGUUAUCAAUUUAGGUGCAGGUUUUGACACCCUUUUUUUUCGUUUACGAGAUAAGGAAGUCAUCUGGAAGGGGGACGUCUUUGUGGAAUUGGACUUUCCUGAAGUAACUCAAAUGAAACUACGAGUUUUUCGACAACAUGCUGCCUUGUAUUCACUAUUGACCAAAGAUACCGAUAUGAAGUCUUUUCAAGAAACUCAAGAUGGGUUGUCCUGUGAUAUUUACAAGUUAAUAGGAGUGGACCUUCAGCAAAUAGAAAAAUUAUCUUAUUUAUUGGAACAAACUUGUCAAUUAUCAACUCAUGCUCCAACGUUGGUUAUAUCGGAAUGUGUCCUUACUUACAUAGAACCUCAAAGUGCCGAUCAAAUCAUUCAAUAUUUCUCAAAGACGUUUUCUUUUAUAAGCUUUAUUUUAUUCGAAUUGACCUUUCCAACAGAUCCCUUUGGUAGACAAAUGGUAAAGAAUAUUGAACAAAGAGGCUUUUCACUGGAGAGUUUAUUAUCCUAUCCAUCUUUACGAGCACAGAAAGAGCGUUUUAUUCAGUUUGGAUAUCCAAAAGUGGAUAUUAAGAGCAUGUAUACUAUUUAUGAGGAUGUCCUUGCAGUCGAAGAGAAACGGAGAAUUGAACGUCUUGAGUUGUUGGAUGAACUAGAAGAAUGGAAACUUUUAUUGCAACAUUAUUUUCUUUUAUAUUGUUUAAAGUUGGAUAUGCUACAAGAGAGUGAAGCAGACGAACUAUGGAAUUCUUUUCGGUUUAUUUCUAAACGUUGUGAAGAAGACUACUUGUCAUAAAAAUAUAUGGGAAAAAGAAUAGAUAGAAAUAUCCAUAUAUAUAUAUAUAUAUAUAUAUAUAUAUAUACUUCUUUUGCUCGUGUACUGGGAGAUAAUAAGCAAAAGAGAAAAGAGCUAUCAAAGGCUCCUUUUAUCUUAUUGCUGGGAAUAUCUCUAAUAUUCUCGAGCAGAUAAAAAAAUAUACCUACAAAAGUGAGUCUAAGAACCAAUCUGUUUCUUUGACUUUGUCGAAUAGGUAAACAUACGUUGAAUACUCUAACUAGUCGAUAUCUUUGGACUGCGACCGAUCCAUUCUAUUUGAGUUAUUGGCCAUAUUCUCAGGAAUACCCUUCCUACAAUCAGUGCUUCUGGUACUGGUCCAUAUUCUCUGGAGUCUGUAGAGUUGUCGGCAUUAUCACCUUGUAACCAAAUAUAACCUCGAGGUACAUAUUGAGGAGUUCGUUGUCGAUAUUUCCAAAAACGUGAACUAAAAGGUUUAUCUCCCUAUCAACAACAUAUACCGGUUCAAUACUCAAAAAAGAAAGAGAGAAAAAAAUGU